UUCAAGCGUCUCAAGCUUGGCUCUGCUGUAGCAAGUUAGGGUUUCAUCUCUGACAGCAGAUCGGCCUUUAGACGAGAGAAGCGACGCUAAGAGGAUGGUGGAGAAGAAUAGCAAAGGUCGAAAAGAGGAGGUGGUAACAAGGGAGUACACCAUAAAUCUCCACAAACGCCUACAUGGAUGCACUUUCAAAAAGAAAGCCCCCAAGGCCAUAAAAGAGAUCAGAAAGUUUGCUCAAAAGGCAAUGGGUACGACGGACAUAAGAAUCGAUGUUAAGGUCAAUAAGCAGAUCUGGAGUAGAGGAAUCCGAAGCGUUCCAAGGCGAGUUCGCGUGAGAAUUGCUCGCAAAAGAAACGAGGAAGAAGAUGCCAAGGAAGAGUUUUAUUCACUUGUUACUGUUGCUGAGGUCCCUCCGGAGGGUCUCAAAGGGUUGGGAACAAAGGUUAUUGAUGAGGCUGAUUGAAGAAACCUUCGGAGCUCUUAAAUGAUUCAAGUUUAUGUUAUCUGGCCAGCUUUUCUUGCGCUGCAUGAUUGGAUUAUACUUCUGUAUUUCUGAAUUGCCGUGUUUUUGUGCUAUUUGCCUGACAUCUUAUACUGUCUUCCAAUUGUUCGGUUUAUGUCGUCAGAUACUUCAUGUAUUUCUGAAUUGCCAUGGUUUUCAAGUUCCAGUAAUUCUGAUUUGUUUUUCUAUUGACA